UCUUCAUUCUUUUCUCAGCCUCACCUCCGAGCUGCAACCUUUCAAGAGCAUCAUUUUCUAAGCACUUCAUUCUUUGCACAACCAUUAACUUGCACAUUAGGCGCAAGACGCGUCUCUUAUUCUAAUUAUUAUUCGCACAUAUUCUUUCAAAAGUUUAUUUUGGACGAUGAUGCGUUUGUCUGGGGAUGGUUUUUGAACAUCUCCAAACGCGACUUUUUCGUCUUGAUUGUCGCGAUCUUUCGCCCUCUGCUUAAUUCUACGCUUCACCUUCCUUCUUCCUCAUCCUCUUCAGCUCCAUCGCGAUCGCUUACACAUCGAUACAUCCAACGUAUUUCAUCAAGAUGUCGUCCUCCCAGAAUGGCCACGCGAAUGGUGGCGCGAACAAUGACCUGAUCUUUGCGCCCGUUAGCAAACGAUUUUCCGAUAUUCCCAGCGCUAUCGAUAUCCCUGUCCAGGGCGACCAAGAAGAUGAAGCUGUUGAAAUUGACCUAGAGGACUUGGUCGACGAUCCGACCGAGCUCUGUACCCUAUUCGAGAACGAGCGAGCCGCGCGCACCUAUUGGAUGACGGUUUCUCUCGCGUACGCGAAACAGAAGAAGAUCGACCAUGCCAUUGAGAUGCUUAAUCGCGGUGGUAAUGCCAUGCAAGAUAACAAUCCCAAAGAGAGGCUUAGUAUCGUCACAUGUCUAUGUUGGAUGUAUCUCUGGAAGAGUCGUGAAGCUCCUCGCGUGGCACCUGAUGGAGCUCUCUUAUCCGAAGCCAAGACCAAAGAUUACUAUCUGCAAUUAGCUACAUCCUCCCUCAAUGAGGCGUCACGUAUAAACCCAGCGUUCCCGCCGCUGUUUCUUGCACGUGGAGUACUCCAGCUCCUGAAGGCUUCGCUACAGACACCAUCUAAAGCGUCCGGAGCUGGUCAUGUUGAGCAGGAAAAAGCUGAUUUGCUGAAAAGUGCUUUGAAGUCUUUCGACCAAGCGAGCAAAGUUUCACAAACUAAGAAUAUGCUAGCAUCACUUGGACGAGCAAGAGCACUUUUUGGUCUAGGCAACUACAAAGAGUCUCUGGAGGCAUAUCAAAGUGUUCUCAAAAGGAUGCCAGAUCUGGUAGACCCUGAUCCUCGAAUUGGAAUUGGGAUGUGCUUCUGGCAACUCAAACAUAAGGAAGAUGCAAAACAGGCUUGGGAGAGAUGCUUAGAGAUCAAUCCGGAGUCGAAGAUUGCCAACAUUCUUCUUGGUCUAUAUUACGUGGACGCCAGCGGUCGGGUUCCCAUCAACAGUCCUGAGUUUAUUCGACUCUAUAAAAAGGCAAUGACUGAGUAUACCCAGAAGUCAUUCAAGCUUGACAAGCACCAGCCAUUGACGUGUGCAACAUUCGCUAGCUAUUUCUUGUCUAGCAAGAAUCUCGCGCACGUUGACUCCCUCGCUAAUAAGGCCAUUCAGUACACCGACGUCAACGCCAUUGCUAGUGAUGGAUGGUAUUUGCUUGCCCGGAAGGAACACUUUAGUGGCAAUAUCGAGACAGCUGCUGACUAUUACCGUCGUGCGGAUGAAGCUAGAGGUGGACUUGAAAGAGGAUACCUCCCCGCAAAAUUUGGUGUCGCUCAGCUGUCCGUUUUGAACAAUGAUCUAGGAGAGGCGAAGCUUCGUCUGGAGAAGAUCAUCCAAUCGGUUAACAAGAAUGAGCGAAAUUACGAGGCUAUGAUUCUGCUAGGUACCUUAUACGCUGAAGAAGUAUUCGCCAAUCAAUAUGCUGCUGCUAAAGAAGACAAGUCUGCGGAGAUGCGUAAGGCUAUAGAAUACCUUGAGUAUGUCCGCACGGCUUGGAAAGACCCCAAGAAAAAUUUAUCCCCAGAUUCUGCGAUCUUGCUUAAUCUUGCUCGUCUUUACGAGAAUGAUCACCCAGACAAAGCUCUCGAAUGCCUUCUACAGGUUGAGCAACUCGAGUUGGAUCAAAUUCCAGCCUCGGAACACCCGACCGACAUCGAGGAUGAGUCAGCUUUGCGUAACGCUCUUCGCAGGAAUCUCCCCCCGCAGCUACUUAACAAUAUUGGAUGCUUCUAUUCUCAAUCUGAGAAGCAUGAGUUGGCAAGCGAAGUGUUCGAGGCUGCACUGGAUUCGUGUGUACGAAUCGGCGAAAAGGGCGAGGACGUAGAUACAGACGACUUGAUCACUACCAUAAGUUUUAACCUUGGUAGAAGCUACGAGUCGAGAGGUCUCACGGAUAAAGCGGUCGGUGUAUAUGAAGGGCUCUUGGCGCGCCACGAUGAUUACAUCGAUGCUAAGGCGCGACUAGCUUAUAUCAAAUUGCGCAAAUCCCCUAAUAAGGAAGGCCCAGAUGCUGUCGCACACUUACAACAAGAAAGCUCAUCUGACCUCGAAGUUCGUGCCCUGUAUGGUUGGUACCUAGGCCGGGUGAGUUCUCGAAAGAAGUCGGGUAAUGUCAACGAGGACCCCGAAUUGCGACAUUACAAACAUACCCUCCAGUACCACGACAAGCAUGAUCGUUACGCACUUGUCGGUAUGGGUAAUUUGUACAUGAUGGCCGCUCGUGAGAUGCGCCGAGAAACUGAGCAAGACAAGCAAAAGCGAUCUGCUGGGUACACCCGUGCCGUUGAGUUCUUCGAUAAGGCGUUGCAACUCGACCCAAAGAAUGCGCAUGCCGCUCAAGGUAUUGCCAUUGCGCUCGUUGAGGACAAGAAAGACUAUAAAUCUGCGCUCCCCAUAUUCCUGAAGGUACGAGAAACCAUUAAAGACGCCAAUGUAUACACCAAUAUCGGACAUAUAUAUGCAGAACUCCGUCAGUUUUCCAAGGCGAUCGAGAGCUACGAGAUUGCGUUGUCGAAGGAGGGGAAAGCGAAUGAUCCAAAUAUUCUAGCGUGUCUAGGUCGAACAUGGUUGAACAGGGGUAGACAUGAGCGCAAUAUAGAUGCGUAUAAGCAUGCUUUGACUUUUGCGAAAAAGGUGAGAUUACGGUACAAUUCGCAUUUUGCAUGGACUGACAAGUUUUCAUAGGCACUGGAAGCUUCAUCAGAU